AUGGAACCAUCUACUUCGGAAUUUGCAGUUGAUUACAUUGGAAUCAUCUCGAAUGAGAACUACUCUGGAUUGGAUGAUUUUGGGCGGACCGAUUUUUUGAGAAUCUAUGAUAAAGCUAAGAAAUCCAAAACCAUAAAAUCUGUAACCAAUCUUGAUGUGAACUUUCGAUCAUUCGUUCUUCAAGUCCUCCAUGAUAAAAUUGUUGUAGUAGACAGAAAGUCGAAAACCUGCGCUUUCGAAGUAUCGAUUCCUUUGAUCUUCUCAUGUGGAUCCUUAUCUGAAGAUGGUCUGGUUAUUUUCACAUUCAACAUUGCUCCGUAUCAAGGGAAUUUGAAUUAUCGAGACUUGCUGGUUUUGGCACUUCCGGAUGAGAAAAUCGCCGAAAAGCUAUCAGAGGAGUUGAAUUCAAAAUUCGCUCGCUUCGCCGAACAACAACUUCAAACGGCUUCCCGUUUCUGGGCUCCAAGCUUUUUAAGAUCCAUGUUUUUAGGAUCACUCUAG